GACAGCAGCACCGCCUGCUGGAGCAGCAUCCUCGGCUAUGGACGUCGACGACGACGACUCCUACGUCGUAUACCGCCCGAGCACGCAGGCUGGGUGCUGCUUCGUCCACAGCGACGAAGUCCGCAGCCCCAGUGGCUUCAGCGCCGACAUAUGCGGCGCCGACGCCAAAGGUAUCCCAGCAAAGGCGCCGCCGGUGAUCGCGAAGGCCAAGGUGGUGUUCAAGCCUGCGCCGGCGGUUGAUGCCAACAAGGAGCUCAUCGGAAAGCUCCGAGCAGAGAAGGAG